GCGAUACAAACUACGGUGCACGCGAUACAAACUACGGUGCACGUGAUACAAACUACCAUUAUUACUACGGUGCACGCGAUACAAACUACGGUGCACGUGAUACAAACUACCAUUAUUGCACUGCAUUUUAUAUUGUAUCGAUACAAACUACGGUGCACGCGAUACAAACUACAUGUUACGUAGUUUGUAUCGUGUGCACCGUAGUUUGUAUCGUAGUUUGUAUCGAUACAAACUACGGUGCACGCGAUACAAACUACGGUGCACGUGAUACAAACUACCAUUAUCGCACUGCAUUUUAUAUUGCCGAUACAAACUACGGUGCACGCGAUACAAACUACGAUACAUACAAUGUACAGCACAAUACACACAGUACAGCACAGCACAAUACACACAGUACAGCACAGCACAAUACACACAAUACAGCACAGCACAAUACACACAAUACACAAUACAGCACACACAGCACAACACAAUACACACAAUACAGCACAGCACAACACAAUGCACACAAUACAGCACAGCACAAUACACACAAUACAGCACAGCACAAUGCACAGCACAACACAGUAC